CAAGUACUUUUUAAAAUAUAGGGUUACAAUCAACCUGUUUGGCUGUUUGCACUUAUAGACUUAAUAUAAACUAUAGUAGGUAGGUAUAUGAGUACCUAUUGAGUUUACACUUUACACCCGUUAUCAACAUACGCUGUUGAAUAAUUUAGUAUGAUCGCGGUGCAAAUAUCGAUUCAAUAAUAUUGUUAUACCUACGCGUAUCUUGUAAAGUUGUAUCUAUAUUUGAGUGCAUGCAUUCUAACGUCGACGAUGGUUGCGAGUUUCUAAUUCAUAGCACCGUUGUGCAUUAAUGGCUUAAUGUUAUAUUAUACUUAUAUUAUAAUUUAUAAGUAGGUACUUAUAAGUUCUGACCAUUCGAAUUAAUUAAGAACAAGUUUUCAGAAAAAACCCAUUCAACGUACUUUGUCCAAAGUUAAUGACAACAACAAAUCAUGAAGAACCAAACAAUUAAAAUAGAUUUCACUGCCAUGUUGUACAUCGGAAUUAUGUACAUAGGUCUGGUGAUUUCCGGAUGGUUACUUAUGCGUCUAACGAUCGCUUGCUUCAAAUUGCCGUCCAUAUUGAACGAUGCUGCUACUGCAGCAGAACUCAAGGAACGGACGUCGACUACAGCGACCACCAUUUUGAGUGAAGAGGAAAACGAGGACUCGAGUUUUGUCCAAUAUUUCGAUACUUCGACGCAAGGUACCUGCAAUGACACAAACAUACUUCAACAGCCGGUAAUGCAUUAUAAAUUAUUAUUAACUAUUAGAUUCUGUUAAAUAUAUGAUCGUAUAUUAUCAUUUUGUGAUUUGUAAUGUCUGAAAUAAUUAUAAUUAGGUAUGUGUUAUACUGUCUAAAAUUAUGUG